GACUGCGCUACGCCAAUAGAUAAGCUUGGCGGGGUACUGCAGCAGGAUGCUACAGUACCUGUCACACCGGCCACCUCAGCUCGCUCGGGUACUGUACAGGAGCUUGGACAUGCGCAAAGACUGCCCGAGUAGCAACCUAUACCUCCGCCACCUUAUCUCCCGUUUCACAACUCCGCAAAAGCAAAAAAUCAACAUCGGCGCGACAACCAAGAUUUAGAGACGCAUUCGCUGCUGCUGUCGCCUUGUUGGUGUCCCAGAAUGCCCUCGCGUUCGCGGUCCGGGUGCGCCGAGUGCAAGAGGAGGAAGAGAAAGUGCGACGAGACUCGGCCAGAGUGUUUGGCCUGCAAGAAACGAGGUAUUCGCUGCGGGGGCUACAACGUCAAGCUACAAUGGAGCGUUGGAAUCGCCUCGCGGGGACGCUUCGUUGGUGCGACAAUGCCCACCCUCCCCGCCCAGAAGAAGUUCUCAUCGUCCACCCUCGCUAGCACCGGCAAAUCGCUGGCCUCCAACAUUCACCUCCCACGGCAGUCUUGUUCCGCAACAGGCCACUCAGCAGGAAGUGCUUGGAUAACCUGUCCACCCGCUGUCCGUAAUGGGCCCCCUGAUUUUGCCAGCAGUCCCACGAAGAGUUCUUUCUCAUCCAGUCGUGAGCAGCUCGGAUCAGACGCGGCCUCGGAUCUCUGCUCAAAUGCGGCCUCGGAUCUCUGCGAACUGCCGGACCGAUGUUCUCCUGCGAAAACCCCACAGGACCGUCGGUGCCAUAUCAAGCGGUCUGCCGAAGACUGGUAUCUCUUUGACCAAGCUAUGGAUACGACGGUACAUCGUUUAUACGGCACUCGGAGGGCAGAGUGGAUUCUGCCACUCAUCCGCAGUCUCGCUGAGACAUCGGACGCGCUGUUUAUCGUUCUUGAGGCCUUGCACCUAUUCCCCAGACAUGGCCGAGAUCUAACCGUCAGGUUCCAUGAGGAGGUAGAUCGUGCUUUGAAAGCGUUUCGCAGCGAGCUCAACAGUAGCCUGGGAACAAUGAACGGCGGGACCAUGUGUGCCGGCCUGUUUCUUUGCACACUAAAUAUCCUCCUGGGAAAUCCGUGGACCAGCCACCUCAAGUGUAUGGCGGAUCUUUAUCAGUUACAUGGCGAUCUCGGCCACCUGAUGAGAAAUGGCCCGCCGCCGCUUGCCAUACAGCAUCCCACUGAGAUCAUGGCCGUGAUGGACUUACCAACAUUGGUGUUAGGACGCGACAUAUGUACCAUGGGUCUCUGGGAGCGCCUCCGCCAGGCUCAGGACAGCUUGGAAGGCGGGCGUCCCGGCGGCGUUGAGGUCUUGACCGGCAUACCGCGUACGCUUCUAGAUAUCUUUGCUUUAUGUGGCCAUAAAAGCGACGAGGACAUAGAUGUUGAAGGCAAAUUCUGGUCCUGGUCGUGGGCAGGAGAAACAGGUGAACUGCCCCAGCGCCAUCUGUGGGAAGCUUGGCGUCUUGCUGGAAUCCUCACGGCGAGACGACUACAGCGAAGGAAAAAGAAGCAUCACCCUGCGCCUGAUGGAGCCUCAAGCCUACAAGGCCAGUCCUUGAACUUGUUGGCAUCUAUGGAGUCGCAGCAGCUAUGGAGUGUUAGUCAUGCUACACCGAUCAUCUCCGAGAUGGUUCUCGGUCGCCUGGUUGACUGCAUCGAUACGCUUUGGGACAUGCGCUGUCGACCUGAAUACGGCCACCUGCUUGUGUGGAACUCUCUUGCCUAUCCCUUCACGGCGGCGCGUCUCGAAGUGACACUGUUGCGAGCCCACCCUGAAUGGCUAAAAGCCCUCGACUCUAUCGCUUCUUCACAUUUCAAGCUCGGGCCCACGUCGUUGAGUAUGCGAUCCCCUUCUAUCCUCAAAAUGCUCGAUGAGGCCAUGGAAAGCGGCGACGACGACUAUGAUUUGGACUUGGCAGCAAAGCUGCAAGGGAUCGAGGUCCCGCUGUUUUGAUGCCCUCAUAUAAACAUUGUUCCAGUCAGGCAGCUGGGGUCCUUGAUCACGAAAGUCCAGGCUAGACAAUUAGUUAAACCACCGUGACCAGGGCCUGUUUACAAGGUUGAGGACAUUGUGGUGCUGGGCGAGGUCAGCAAUCUAUGGGAAUUAUGUCAUUCAAGAGCCUACCAGCCAUCCUCUGCGAGGAAAUGAGAAAUCCUACCACCAUACUGGGCUAUACCUAAGGUACUCAUGACUGAUGGGAGUGUUGGCAAGAUCAACGCAGCCGAAACAAAAUACCGAACC